AUGACUGCAGCCCCGAUGCAGUUCAGUGGCCCUAACCAACCACCCCAGCCUCCCGUCCCGAGCCAACUGUCUUUCCGACUCCACCCCUCGAUACCGUCCCGGGCAAUCCAAAACGGGGCUGACCAACUGGUGGCCCUCAUCAACAAGGAGAAGGCUCCGCUCCUGGACGAAAUUCAGAGGCAGAAAACCCAGAUUACUGAGCUGCGGCUCGCGAAGGGGACCCAGAACGACGCGACAUCGAGGCUGGCCGCUGAAUUGGAAGACACCAAACGCAAGUUCGCCGAGCUGCAAGCCAAGUACGACGCGCAUGUUCAGGCGACCGCAAUCAGUCAAGGAAGCCGCAACGAGGAUGCCCUCUUCCAAGCUCAAUGCGAGCUCGCAUCCAGAAAAUGGCGGUCGGAGCUCCAGGAAUUGGACGCGAAGGAGGCAGAGAGCAAGGCUGAGCGGCUCCAGAAUGCAAACGCGAACAUCAAGAACGCUCUGCAGAAACAUGGGAUUCAGAUGUCGUACACCGAGGGCCCCAGUGGGUCCGUCUCUCUAUCGUUCCACGAGAACAUCUCUCGGGUUAUGUCCGACGUCCUGGUAGAAGCGAAGCGUCGGUGCAUCCUCCCUCCGCACCUAGACGCGUCUUCACUCGAAGCGAGUAACCUCACGCUAGGCGAAUUUGCGGCGUUGGUGGAGAGUGUUGUUCGGCGUUCCAGGGCAAGCGAGGUGAGGCUCAUUGAGUCGUUGAGGGCUGGAAGGGAGAAAGGCUGGUCCAUCGCGCAGUGGAUGGAGCAUGCUUCGAGAGCUGGCGCUGCGGAGAGGCAGAACCGCGCGUUCGAUAAUGGUGCUGCCUGA